AUGAAGUCCAUCUAUCUCGGCUCGCUUCUCGCUUUUCUUGCCGUAUCGGUCGACGCGCAUGGCCGCAUGAUUGCACCGCCGGCGCGCGGGUUCAUGGGCCGCCUCGACCAAUUCAACUUUGCUCCGAUCGACUACGACGACGACGGUCUCAGCGCCGGCGGCAUCGGCGCGACAAGUGGUGGUCGUCAUGGCGUCUGCGGCGAUCCGUACUCGCAGGCGUCGCCUCGGGAGCACGAAACCGGCGGCAAGUACGGUCUGUUUCCCAAGUACCGCGAGCGCGCGAUCACAUCGUGCUACGCACCGGGGGCCGUCAUUGACAUUGACAUUCAAAUCACAGCCAACCACCGCGGUAGCUUCACGUUUGGCCUGUGCAAGCUGCACGGCAAGAACGACAAGGAGACCGAAGAUUGCUUCGUGGACCUUUUGCAGCCGAAUGGCAACUUGCAGUGGCCGCUGCCCGGUGGCAACAAGAACUUCCGCCUCCAGUACGCGCUUCCAUCAAAUGUCGAGUGCGACGGCGACGCUCACUGCGUCCUGCGGUGGGUCUACACGGGUGGCAACAACGCCGGUGUCGGGCCCGACGGCCAGGAACACUUUUGGAACUGCGCCGACAUCUACAUCAGCAACGCCUGCAACGGCACCAACCCGUUUCCGACACCCGUCCCAACACACCAGCCAUCGCCGGACGAUGGGUCUGGUGGCUACUACCCGCCGGCGCCGACCACAAAGGCGCCGAAACCAACGCUGGUGCCGACAGUGACUCCACGCCCGACAGCAACCACCGCACCGAGCACAAGUACGUCACCGCCAACAGGCGCGCCGGGGGACAAGUGCAAUGGACAGAAAAACGUGUGUUACUGGCCGGCCUCACAGCAAAUCGUACCUUACGGCAAGUCGGACUGCGCGCUUUUUAGCUCGUUUGUGUGGUGCCCGUAG